AGAGGAUAAGAAUACAAUUGGUUCUGCCUGUGCGUCUCUUCCUCCACAACCGGCUCUCAGAAACCCGAGACGUCCAUCGUAGACAUAGGCAACUUUCCGAACAAAGUUGAAACCUUGCUGUACAAAGCUGCAGGCUGCAUGAUUCUUAUGUUUGGCAUCUGGACUGGAGCGCGUUCAGGGGAAGCUGGCGUGUGGCUCUGGUCUUACGACAGCGAAUCACGUGCCGUAUUUUCCCCCCCACCACUGCCCGCAACAACGCAAGCACAACAACCUGGAAAUGCCCCUCUAUCUCUCCAUCUCAGUUCCCAUCCCCAUCCUUUAUUUCUCUUCCACCCCCUCAUCUGGAAACCUCACGCCAGCUACCUGUGCGGACCACCUGAUUCUUGUCAUUUUCUUUUCUUUAUUAUUUGGUCAGUUGCCCCUCCGAACCCUCUCUUGACCCUGUUCAACGGAUUUUGCCUUUGCUUGUAUAGAUUCAACCGACACAAAUAGGGGACUGGCCACAGCUGACAUCGCGUGCUAGUACAGGGUAACCUUGAAUUGUAAACUUUUCCCUUUUUUUUUCUACAUAGGAAACAAUGUCGGUAUG